AUGUCGGAUCUCCAACACGCCAUACCUAUAGUGGUAAAAGGCAAUGCACUCUACCGCGGCUGCGAACGUUGGCUGGUGAAAGGCAUCUCUUAUCUUCCCUAUGCAUCAGAUCGAGAGCCGAAUGGCGACAAGGUACUACUUGAUGCUUUAGCCCACGACCGACUCCACGAGCUAGAAGCCGACGUAUUCACUCUGCAUGAUCUCGGACUAAAUACAAUUUCCGUGCGUCACCUGGAGCCCGACACAGAUCACACUGCCGCUCUGAAGCUACUGGAGAGGGAAGGAAUCUACGUUCUCGUCACUAUCUUCGAUGGCCUACAUAAGCGUCGGAACAGAUGGCCGACCGAGGACAAAACCACUCCCGAAGACUACGUGAGACAGCAUUACAACGCGGAGACCAUGAUAAGCAACUUAAGGCUUGUUGAAGAGCUUGCCGACCAUCCAAAUGUCCUCGGCUUUGUGGUUUCUGGCUCAAGCAUGAACACGGUCCGAAAUACAAAGGCUGCCGAAGUCCUACGUGCUUGUAUCAGGGACACGAAAGCCUUCCUCCAUGCUCGCGGUAAGCGAGCGGUCCCUAUCGGAGCGACCAUGAGCGACCUCGCCUCGUUACGCCUGCCUUUCUUGCAGUACUUCUCCUCAGGCUCACCACCUGAGUGCGCAGACUUCGCUGCCAUUGAUUGCUACAGUUGGGCUGGAAAGUCGUCGUUCCAGAUUUCGGGCUGGAAGAAUCUCGUCGCGAGUGUCUCGAAGGUUACACGGAUGCCACUCAUGUUGAGUGCCUUCGGGGCAAAUAUUACCCAACCUCGACUCUGGGACGAGCUGCUCUGCCUUUACAGCCCUGACAUGACUGGCGUCUUCAGUGGAGGCUUUGCGUAUACCUUCUUCGAAAGUGGUAAUGGACAUGGCAUUGUCAAGACUCAAGAGGACGGGUUCCGGAAGCCAGCGAGGGACUUUGAUCGGUUCAGAAAGCACUUCAAGAUCAUCAACUGCAGGGCCGCGAAGGAACUCUUCAGUCAGGCAUCUGAUGCCGAGGUACCAGCUCUCGAGCUGCAGAACCUCCCGAGCGACAGGUGGGCCGCGGGUCCAGAGCUUUCGCCAUUUCCUGGUGACUGGGAUCGGACCAUCGGGGAUGUGGUGCAUGCCAGAGCUCCUGAUUCCAGCGAUGCCAUUGUUCUGCCGUAUCGACCGCGGUGA